AUGAGCGCGGAUGACCCUGAGAGCUGGGAAAUCACCCCGUCUAUCUCUGCUCUGUACGAGCUGGCUGAAGAUCACCGCUGGAAGGCAGCUGUUGGCUCCAGUGCCAAGGAUUCCUCUCAUGACAUGGAUGGGAAUGCUGUUAGAAUCGGAGACGGAUUUAAGGCGUUUGAUGUGGGAGAUGAGCCAGUGGGUGGGGUGGGGGGAGGUUUUCCGUUCGGAGAUGAUAACGACGAUGGGUCUGUGGUGGAUUUUGGUGGUGGUGAUGAUGGGUGGAAUGAUGAUGGGUGUGGGUUCGCUGGUCCGCCGUUUGCUGGUGGUGGUGCUCCUGGGAUGAUCCCAGCGGGGGAAUCUGACGGGGAGAACGGAUAUUCGGAUGUUGAUGAUGGUAUGGACGCUGUGGAUUGGCUGGCAGCAGGCAUGGGCAUGACGAGGCUGAAGGGGAGCAACGCAUGGGCUGGUCCUAAGCACUGGCACUUUGUUAAGUCCAAGGAGGAGGCGCCUGCAGCAGCUCCCGAGGCGAAGGGGAGGAAGAAGAGGGCAGCAAAGUCGGAGCUGAUUGUAUUCUCGGACCCUCAAAUCGACGAGUCCCUGUUUCAGGUCCCUAAAGCGCUGAAAGAGAUUCAGUUGACCAAGGCUGGUCGCAAGGUGGUUAAUACACUGCUUCCGAAGGACUACCAUUAUGAUGGACGCAAGUUGGCUACGGUUUUUAUGAGCUCGGAUUGGAAUUUCUUGGCUCGGAAGACCCGGAGGCAUGGUGGGGCGAAGCAGGGGUUUGAGGAUGGAGGUGGAGAUGGGUUUGCAGCGGUUGGCGGAGGUGACGAUGGGUUUGACAACGACUGGGGAGGCGACGAGUGUGCUGAUCCGUUUGACUAUGGGGAUGAUUUUGACGGGCAAGGGGAUUCUGCAGAGGUCAAACCAGCAGAUGAUUUCAUGGAGGAUCUGGUUCCAAUGCCAAAGAAGGCACAAAAGAUUGAUGUCAACUAUGCAAGGCAGUCCAAGCAGGUGGAUGUGAAGAUUCUGAAAGACACGAUUUGGGUGGAGUUGCAACGUCGCCAUGCCCAUGAGAGGGAGGAGCAGCAAUAUGAUGAAGAAGUCUCCUCCGGCCCUAUCAGCUUUGAUCGAGUGCUGCAUAAUUUCCCGGCCAACUGCAGGGCGGCUGCGCUGAGUGACAUUUCAGUGCAUCUGUGCUUUAUCUGCGUGCUGCAUUUGGCAAAUGAGCAUGAUUUGCGUCUGCAUGCGUCGGAGGAUAUGAAUCAGCUCGACGUUCAUCUUCCAUGUGAGGUGUAG